AUGAGUAACACUUUGGAGGAACGUCUCAAGACCCACUCAUCUGCUUUCGAUGGUUUAUUAUCUUUAAUCCCAGCAAAGUACUAUUAUGAUAAUGCCACACAAGAUCAAUGGCAGCAAAAGAAGAAGUCAAAGAAAGAAACACAGCAAAAUAAGAGAGCCAAGUUGGACCCAAGCUCCAUAGCUGAAGCUGACGAUUAUACCAACUCCCAUGCAUCUGCUAAAGACGUUAUGGUCAAUAAAGCAGCGACUGCUAAGAAGGUAGUCUUGCCAUCCAAAGUGAACUUUUCAAAGCCUGUACAAGAUUCCACAAGCAGCAAUGAUGAAGAAAGCGACCAAAAUGACGGAGUUGAAGUAGCAAGCAAAAUACUGCAGUCAGAAGAUGAAGCUGAAAGUGAUACAGAUUUGAUAAAUAAUAGUGCACUGUUAGUGUUUGAUGAUGACGGAAAUGAAGUUGAAUCAGUCAAAGAGGAGAAGAAGGUCGAACCUAAAAAGGGAAAGGUCAUGACACCUGAGGAAAAGAAAAAGAAAGAUGAAAACUUGGCUAAGUUGAGAGAAAAAUUGGCUGCUAAGAUCAAAGUCUUUAAGGAGACCAGAAAAGCGCCAGGUACUAAACUUCCUGGUGCUCCAAAAUCAAGAGAGCAAAUUUUAGCUGAAAGAAAAAGGAAAGAGGAAUUAAAAAAAGCUGAAAAGCUUAAGAGAAAGCAUGAAGAAAUCGAAGAUGAAGAUUCGGAUUCGGAUGAUUCAGAGGAUGAAGAAAAAUCACAAGGAGUGCUAUUCGGGAACAUUGUGUUCAAUGAUGGAUCUAGAGUGACAUCUGAUCUUUCUAAGUUAAGAUCAACUGUUGAGAAAUCGAAGCAAAAGGGUCCAGCCAAUAAUGAUCUUAAGGCUCAUUUGUUGAAGCUCGAGCAGAAGAAGCGUAAGUUAGAGCAAAUGUCACCAGAAGAAAAGAAAGCAUUUGAAGAGAAGGAAAAGUGGCAAAGAGUCAUGUCUCAAGCAGAAGGUGUGAAGUUGAAGGAUGAUGAAAAGUUGUUGCGCAAAGCUAUCAAAAGAAAGGAAAAGCAAAAACUCAAGAGUGAAAUUGAGUGGAAGGAAAGAAAACAAAUAGUCAAGGACACUGUUGCUGCUAGAGCCAAGAGGAGAGAAGAAAACUUGAAGGCUAGAAGAGAUAACAAGGGCAAGAAAGGUAAGAAGCAACCACGUUUGAAGAAGUUCACUGGAACUAUCAACAAAGCCGCUAAAAAGAGAGCUGGUUUUGAAGGUAGUGCUAAGAGCAAGAAAAAGUAG